AAUUUGAGCUAGCAAAUUCUACCACUCUCGAUUAGAUUGCGUGCUUUGGAAGUAGGCGGUCUUUGACCCAUUGCUCGCUGUACUUUGAUAUGUGUUCGGCUCAGCUGUAGAGUCAGUAGAGGACAACUGGGCUGUGCGGAGGAUUUAUGUGUUUGACAAUGUGAGUUAAUCUAUGGAAAACUAAAACCGAAAUUAUAGUCUACAGAAACUAGACCUACACUUUCGGAGGUUCACAGACAGACGACUACAUACUCAAACAUUUGGUCCUGAGGCCUGAGUGCCAUGCCAGAGGAGUCCCACAGUGCUCUCCAUAAGGGCCCAAUGGGGGAAGAAUCUCCUCGGUUGUACUCUGCCCUCUCCAUCAGUGGUGGCCAUGAGCGACAAGACGGCUACAGCCUGCUCUGUGCUGACCCCUCAGCGGGAGAGGCUGAGCGUCCAGUGAGCCUGGUGUCCACUCUGUCCUCAGUCUCCUCCCAGGACAGCCACAGCCUCUACGGCAGUACCUCAGCCCUCCCCUCCACACCACCUCCCCCCAGUGGAGCGGACAUUGACCUGGAGCUCACCCCUGCAGAGGGAGCCAGGGAGCAGCCACAGAUCAAGAUGCAGGGCCUCAGCCAGGGGGGGACCAGAGACCAGUGGCUGAACCACAGUCAGACCAGGUCCCAGUGCAACAACAACGCCACCACCAACAGGAGGACUAAUGCACCUCAGACCCAUACCUCACCCUUUGCCACUGAAGCCAUGGCGCCCAACCCUAAGCUCAGCUACGUGGACCAUGUAGUCAUGGAGAUAAUUGAGACGGAGCGCAUGUAUGUCAGGGACCUUUGCAGCAUCGUGGAGGAUUACCUGGCUCACAUCAUAGACAUGGACAACCUUCCCAUUCGUCCAGACCAGGUCUCUUCCCUGUUUGGGAAUAUAGAGGAUAUAUAUGAGUUCAACAGUGAGCUGCUGCAGUCUCUGGACAUGUGUGAGAAUGACCCGGUUGCUGUGGCCAGUUGCUUCGUAGACAAAAGUGACGCUUUUGAAAUCUAUACACAGUACUGCACAAACUACCCCAACUCUGUGGGUACACUGACCGACUGCAUGAGGAGUACGACUCUGGCCAAGUUCUUCAGGGAUCGCCAGGCCUUCCUCAAGCGUUCUCUCCCCCUGGGGUCCUACCUGCUCAAACCUGUCCAGAGGAUCCUCAAAUACCACCUGCUUCUGCAGGAGAUCGCCAAGCACUUUGACCCUGAGAAGGAGGGCUAUGAGGUGGUGCAGGAGGCCAUUGACACCAUGACUGGGGUGGCCUGGUACAUCAAUGACAUGAAGAGGAAACACGAGCACGCUGUCAGGCUGCAGGAGAUCCAGUCUCUCCUGAUCAACUGGAAGGGUCCUGACCUCACUACGUAUGGAGAGCUGGUGCUGGAGGGAACCUUCCAGGUCCAACGUGCCAAGAACACCAGGAUGCUGUUCCUCUUUGACAAGAUGCUCCUCAUCACCAAAAAGAGAGGAGAGCACUAUGUCUACAAGACACACAUAUUGUGCUCGACCCUGAUGCUGCUUGACAGCGCCAAGGACCCCCUGCACUUCAGUGUGAUCCACUUCAAGCAUCCCAAGCAGCCUCACACUGUGCAGGCCAAGACUGUAGAGGAGAAGCGCCUCUGGGCUCAUCAUAUCAAGAAACUGAUUCUAGAGAACCACCACACCAUUGUCCCACAGAAGGUAAAAGAGGCCAUCCUCGAAAUGGAUUCUCUCUACCCAGGGUCGGGGAAGUACCGCUACAGCCCAGAGAGGCUGAAGAAGGCUGGAUACUGCCGGGCUGAAGACCUUUCCGCAGAGGGGAGACCCGGGCGCAGGACAUCAGAACCAGGGAAACAGAUCGUAAGGACAACCAAAGCCAUUCUGAAGCUACAGCACACAGACAGUGAAGGUGCUCUUCUGGGGGACAGGCGUUCCCUGCAGCCAACUGCUAGUGUCAGUAUGCUGGGCUCCAGUCUAGGUGAGGCUGAGAGGCCUGGUGUGCUGGGAGCCCACGAGAAAAUAGGCCGCGGGAGGGCAUCUCUGGAGCAGCUGAGCCCCAGUGAGGACCCUAAGCCAGGGUCCUUACCCUGCCAGGGGGGCACUGAGCAGCAGGAGGAGGAGAAGGGGGAGAUAAACACAGACGAUAUUCUGAUGGAGGAUGACCAGUCAAUGGCAGCAGAGAAGUGGAAGGAAAGGUGGCCAAAGGAGGUGUUGGCUUUGGGGAUGACCAGUGAGCGAUACUUGCUGGAGAGCGUGCUACAGGAUGAAGAACACUAUGAGGAUGUAGUUAAGAAGGGACCAAUGGGGGAGAGGAUGGAGACAUCGGCCCAGGAGAUCAGUGAGUUGGCUAUAGAGGAGACCUUCACUGACCAGGUGUAUGUGGAGGAGGUUCCUCCUCAAAGCAGUGCUCCUAAGGUAGUAGUGAUGGAACAGAGUGAGGCGAACCCACCCCUAUACACAGAGCCUGAUGCUUUGCCAACCCUGCCUCCCAGACAGCCUGAGAUGUCUCUGACACUGGAGCCUGAGAGGGGUAUAGGGGGAGGAGUGGUGGAAGAGGGAAGGUACAGAGCGGGAGGGGAGGAAGAGAAGAGUGACUGCUCUGUUCAACAGGACGAGAUGAACUCAGCAGUGACAAAUGGAGAGUGUUCAGAGUUUGGUGCGGCGGUGGGAACUGAGACCAGCCGCAUCCUACCUGCCUCUGUGUUGGACCAGGGCAGUGUAAUCACUGAGCAUUUUGUGGGCAGCCUGGUGGUCUCAGAGGACCUGUGUUCCCUGAGCUGCCCCUCACCUCAGUUGGGCAGCAAGAGCAGCAGUACACCCUGUCUGAACACCGAGCUCGAGGAGAAGGUCCAGACCCUGGUUAACUCCACCCCAGAGCACCCACUGCUCCUGAAAGGCAACAACUCUACGCCUGCCCCUAGACCAGACCACCUCAUGGAGGUGGAGCGCAGAUCCACUCUCUCCAAGCAGGACCGGAUACUCAUCCACAAGAUCAGGAGGUACUAUGAGCAUGCAGAGCACCAGGAUGCCAGCUUCAGCAUCAAGCGCAGGGAGAGCCUGUCCUAUAUUCCUGCAGGCCUGGUCAGACACCUGAGCCGGCAGCUCAACAGCAAACCCCAGGACCAAGCGGUUCCAGGGCACGGGAAGGUCUCCCCGAACAACCGGCCCACAUCCUGGUCAGUGUUCGACCUUCCUGGCUUAGAAAAAGAGCAGAGGACUAAUAAUACCCCUGUGCUGGAGCCACAAAAAGCUGCAGACAUCAAGCCCAGGUCCCAGAGUGUCAAUGAUGCUCCUGUUGGAGACGAGGAUGAGUUCUUCAGACCAUCCUUGGACAUGGUCCAAGUGUGGCAAGACAUAGAGAUGGAGGAGGUUUAUGGGAGCCUUGGGAAACCCAAGGGUAUCCAGGGUACAGAGGACAUUGUCCAUCCCAGAUCACUUCUAUCCCGGAAGGGGGGAACCAGCAGAGAGAUCCUUGAAGCUGAGUAUAUCAAGCCCCUGAGGAUCCUGGAGGAGUCAGACAUGGGUGCUGUCUCAGAGGAAUCCCCAUCACCCAUCACAACUUCCCCAGACCCCUUCUCAGGGCAGGAGUCCUGCCAGAAUAAGACUCCCAAGUCCUGGGAGAGAGACACAGUCAGUAGAUCUCCCCUCCCCAGGAUCAUCAGCCUGCGUUUAGGGGUGGAAGAGGACCUGAUUCUGCAGGAUAUGGAGAAGAUGAAGAACAAGGUUUUCCAACUGGCCCGCCAGUACAGCCAGCGCAUCAAGAACAGCAGGCCUGUGGUGAGGCAGAGAAACAUGGAGGCUGAGAACCACCUUGCCUUUAAGAACCUACCAGCUGUCUAUGAGGAGAAGGUCCAAAGAAGAGACUGGGGUAGGCCUAACCUGACACUGUCACUCAAAUCCUAUGAGCAGGUGGUCGUGCAUGAGCGGAGGACCCCAAGCCCAAGCCCAGUCCCAAGUCUCAACUCUGGGGCUAGCUCACAGGUCACGUCCCCCUGUCCCAACAGUCCUCACAGCCCAGUGCAGACACAGAGUUUCCACUGGCCAGAUGUCCAGGAGCUGCGCUCCAAAUACACUAACCACAGGCUGGACCUUGGUUCCUCCCACCCAUCACCUGUCAGCCAUAGCUGCUCCGUCCCAGAGAGGAUGCAGAGUUGCACUGAGGGCUUCAGUACCUCAUGGAGCCCCGAUGGCUACUCAUCCAGCUGCAACUGCCCCACAGACACUAACAGUGGACUAACAGACUCACUUGAGACUAUGUCAUCCAUGGACCACCAGGGUGGGGGUUCUGUUGGAGAGGCUCAGCCCCAGCCUCCACUUUGCAGGUGGCACUCUUUUGAUCACUUGCUAGGAACACUGCCUCUACAGGAGCUGCAGAACCUUCAGGAGACAAUGAGGAGCUGUUACAUGGCUGGUCAGGCUACCCUGCCCAACGAGCACAAGGUUAUUAUAGUGGAGAGGGUUGCUAGCGAUGGGCCAGAGGAGACUGGAGGGAAGACGAGAGUGGAGGAACAAGGAGCUAAAGGAAAGACCAAACUUAAAAUCUCGAAAAGCCUCGAUUACCAGUACUGUGCCAAGAGGUCUGCACUGACUUCAGGCAAAAAGAUUGAGAGUAGUCUGGUAAAAAACCUACGAGCAAAAUUCCAGAACUUGGGAUCAAACACAAACACUGUAAAUGCCCUGCCUAUUUGAUCGCUUUCUGUAAAUAAUGAAAUAAGCCUUUUCCUACCUAUAUAUGCAAUUGACGUCAAGGAAUAUGACUAAAUACUGUCUAUUAGGCAGUAACUACUGCUACUGUGUUAGGAGUACCAUUUUCAUUUUCUACUUUUUGUCUGUAUUAUCACCUUCUCACAUCACUCUUUUCUCACUUCUGGUGUUACCUACUAGGGAUAUUGAACAAUCAAGGGCACCCCAUGGGAAAAUAUGUUGUGACUUUGUAAAAUGUGUAAAUAGUUGUAAAUGUGUCUUGUUCUUACACCAUCAUGAAAUGUGUUUACAUAAAGAGAAUGACUAUGUAUAUAAGGAAAAUGGUUUUGAGAAAAAACGUCAGCAUAUUGAAGUAGAUCUGUCCAGAUGACCCUUUUUCUUUUUUCUUUCUGUGUAACGAUGCAAUGGUCAUCCUCUAUUUGUGAAUCAAUUGUGAGGGUCAUAAGCAAGGAAAUAGUGUAAAGAGAUAUGCGACUUAAUAUAUAAAUGGGAGUAAAUCUGGAAGGCUGGGCCACCAUUUUUAAGUUAUUUAUUGCGGAUUUACAGCCAUUAGGAUUCACUCAAUCCUAUUUGACCUUUGGUCAAAGUGUUUUUCCUUCAGUUGUUUUAAAAAUGGGAGAUGUAUGGUCUGUGCUGUCUACUAUUCAGCCAAAUGCGCCACAUUUAGCUACUACUCAAUACUAUGAUUGUUUUCAUACAUCACUGGAGUUGUUUUCUGAUCUAUUUCCUUGUUAUUUAUAAAAUGAUCCUCGUCUUCCUAGACCUUUUCAUUCCAGAAACGGCACAGAAUAAUUUCAUACCUGAAAUGGCAUAUAUGCUCAAUAAAAUCUGAGCUAUUGAAAUUACAA